UUUGCUAUGUCCUCGCUUUCUACUGUCCAUCAUAGAAGGCUGAUUCCUAUAUUGUGGCUGCUGUUGUUGCUGAACGUAUUGACCUUGUAAAGGAUUGAGUCCAAUUUGACCUGGAAUUCCUCGUGCUGCUAAAUUUUGCUGUGCCAUAUGCGGUGGUACUGAUCCUGUUUGUUGUUGAUUAUAGUAAUAGGCUGAAGACAUUAUUCAAAUCGAACAGAACUGGCAAUAAAAGAGGGAACAGUAUUGUGAAGAAAUGGAAGUAGUAUUGAAUCUUCCUUGUUUAUUUGCACCCCAAUUUGAAAAAUUGUUGGCGUUAAAAUUUAGAGUGACGAACGCGCGGCCUUCAUCUUUUCGCAUUUCGUAACUGCAACCUUUCAGGUUAUACCUUUUUACAAAUAAUUUGUCUAAUUAGAAAAAAAUGACAUCCAUCGGUACAGGAUACGAUUUAUCUGUCUCAACUUACUCUCCUGAUGGACGCGUUUUUCAAGUGGAGUAUGCCAACAAAGCAGUCGAUAACAGUGGUACUGCUAUUGGCCUUCGUGUGAAAGAUGGUAUCGUUUUGGGCGUUGAAAAGCUCGUUCAAUCCAAGCUCUUAGUAGAAGGUGCUAAUCGACGUCUUCAAAGCGCCGACCUUCACAUCGGUAUUGCUACUGCUGGUUUAUUGGCUGAUGGUCGACAUAUUAUCAACAGAGCUCGUGAUGAAGCUCAAUCUUGGAGGGAUAUUUACAAACAACCUAUUCCAGGAAAGACAAUUGCUGAUCGUUUGGGACAAUAUGUUUCAGCUUACACAUUAUAUUCAAGUGUCAGACCUUUUGGCUCUAGCACUAUUGUUGGUACAAUGACCGAAAAAGCAGGACCUUCAUUAUACAUGAUUGAGCCUUCUGGUGUAUAUUGGGGUUACCGAGGAUGCGCCAUUGGAAAAGGAAAGUCUGUUGCCAAGACAGAAAUCGAAAAGCUCGAUUUGGAUAAUAUGACAGUUCGAGAAGCAGUUAAUCAUAUUACAAGAAUAAUCUAUACAUGCCAUGACGAUGCAAAAGAUAAAGAUUUCGAGUUGGAAUUAAGUUGGAUUUGCGCAGAAUCAAAUUACAGACAUCAAUUCGUACCAAAGGAUAUAAAAUUAGAAGCAGAGACAUUGGCGAAAGAAUCUUCAGAUGAUGAAAUGGAGGAUUAAAACUACAAGUGAACAAAUCGUGAAUAAAGUAAUUCUUGUAACUCUUCCAAACAACCAUCCACAAAUCAGAAUGCUUUUAAGAAGGAUUAUUACAGUUUAAUGAUGCUAGCUACUGGGUUUUCGCUGUAAAUAUGAGAGAGAAUUUGGAAGCAGUGAGCACAAGUAAAUCUUUAAAUCUCUUUAGAAAAGAUAAACCGUGGUCGGUACGGCAAUGUAUGUAAAAUAAUAGC